CACAUGAGACAGGUUUCUAAAUAAGGCAAAUCACCGUGAACCAGCACAACAUUUCUGCCACGAGGGUGGCAGCAGAUUUUUAACCCCAGCCCAACUCAACAGGUUAAACUGAGCGGGAGGAAGCGGGGAAGCUAAACAAGUACGAAGAGAGACAAUGUCUGUCCAGAGUCAGUCUGAGACACAUCCUGUUAUCUGCUGAGAAACAGACAGGUGGACAGACAGAGAUACGAAGAUCUGAGAAACAGAUAGUGAACAACAACAGAGAGGAGAUAAACAGAGCCGCAAAAAGAAACAGAACCUUUACAGAAACACACGUCUGUCUGUCUGUCUGUCUGUCUGUCUGUCUGUCUGUCCACCACUUUGGUCCAGACAGAACAAGCCCCUGAAGAUCCUGGUUUGGUACAGACCAUCUUUCCUUAACCCCAAACAAAGUGAUUUUGCCUCCAGCAGGUUUCGUGUUGUGUCCUGUCGCCCGUGCUUUUUAUUCUGCAGCUGCAGGACUUCUCCAGAAGGCCUCACUGUCGCUUCCUCAGGGCUCGGACUCAGAUCGGGGCUGGGCCCUGCCUGCCUUUGUUAAAUGUUGUGAUGAUAACUUCUUCAGCCUUAAAGCAUCAGUGUUAUCACGUUCACCUUACGAGAACAGACCACUAUCCCAGGUCCCCCAUUCGCUCUGCUGUCAGGCUGCUGAACACCAGUCAUUUUAAAUGGCUGUUGGAUUCUCUUUGAACUCAUCUUUUCCUUUAUAUUAUGUAUCUGUAUGAAUUAUAACAAAAUGUUUUAUGUGUUCCCUCAUACCCAUCCAUGCAUAUUGAUCUGUUGCCUCUGACGUGCUGAGGAAGCGGCAAAUGAAUUGCCCUUCUUGGGAUCAACGAAGUUGCCUGACUCUGACUCCCUGACCUGCUCCCACCAGCCGCCUCCCGGUGACUCUGCCGCUGUUAAUAAACAGAAAACAAAAGCUUCCUCCGCACAUGAUCCAGCCACUCAAAACAAUAACAUGCAGCUUGUAUGUUUGCGGGAAGACGAAUAUCAACAACAACAGCUGGACGGAUUAACAUGACAGUGACGGGACAGAGGCACGAUGCCAACGCACGAUCCUAAGACGGUGAACACGGUAAACAGUUUACCAGCUAAACAUCAACAUGUUGUCUGAGUGUGGACUCACACAGCUGCUGCAGUGACUAUAGACUCCUGUUUACAGAGAGAGAAAACAACCUUUCUGGAGAGAGAGAGAGAGAGAGAGAGAGAGAUGGAAUGAAGAUACAAAGGGGCGGAACAAUCUGAAAGAGAGAGAAGGAAAGGAAGUGAAACUCCUCCACAGACUUUAAACAGCUCAGACCUCUGAACCACAGUGAAUGUGACUCUCAGCAGUUAAUUAUACCACCGGCAACAUCUGUAUGGGAACCUGACUGAACAUCAGACUGUUUAUAUGGGAUGGAUCACCUCAACUCCACCCACGUCCGCACCAACCAGUCAGAUUUCAGCAGCACCUUCACCCACCAGGUGCUCCCUCUGCUCUAUUUUGUGAUCUGCAUCGUGGGUGUGUGCCUGAAUGGUGUGGCUGCCUGGAUCUUCUUCAGAGUGCCCAGUGACUCAGGGCUGGUGGUCUACCUGAAGAACAUGGUGGUGGCCGACCUCCUCAUGCUGGCCACCUUCCCCUUCAGGGUGGCGGCUCAGCUGGAUCUGGGUGGCUGGCGCCUCCAUGUCGUUGUCUGCCGCUACACCGCUGUGCUCUUCUACUCCUCCAUGUACGUGGGGAUCCUCUUCAUCGGCCUCAUCGGCCUUGAGCGCUAUGUCAAGAUCGUUCGCCACACCUCCUCCUCCUCCACCUCCACCUCCACCUGCAGGUCCAGGUUGGGUGGGGUGUCCACGCUGCACCUCCUGCAGAGCGUCAGCUUCGCCCGUGUGCUAGCGCUCCUCACCUGGUGCCUGCUCCUUUUCAGCGUCCUGCCCAACGUCCUGUUGACGAGCAAACCGGCCAACGAGGAGAACUCUCGGCACUGCAUGCAGCUGAAGACGCCUCUGGGGUUGCAGUGGCACCGAGUGUCCACCCUCUUCAGCGUGUCCCUGUUCUGGGUGACGCUGCUGGUCCUCGCCUUCUGCUACACCUCCAUCGCCCGCCGGGUUUACCAGUCGUACCGCCGUGUGCGAUGCAACAACAGCGACGUCUGCCGCAAGUCCAAUCGCAGCAUCUUCAGCAUCCUGGUGGUCUUUUUCGUCUGCUUCGUGCCCUACCACGUCUGCCGCGUCCCGUACACUCUGAGCCAGAUGACGGGUUCGGACUUCAGCCCUGACACCCGGUUCCUGCUGUUCCAGCUGAAGGAGGGGACGCUCUUCCUGUCGUCGCUCAACGUGUGCCUCGACCCAGUCAUCUACGUCCUGAUGUGUCGGACCUUCAGAGAGUCGCUGCUAAGGAAGCUGUCAGGAAGAGAGAGGAGGAGGUCCCUGACCACCGCCCAGAGUCUGAGCAACAUCUAGGAGGACAGGAGAGAGGACACAAGAGAGGAAACAAGAAGUCCCACUUGUCUUUUGAGGAGCUUUCAGCCAUGUCACACACUCUUCAUCAUCGGAUUGAGUUUGAUCAGUUGCCAUGGAAAUGCAGAUGUUCGAACUUUAAUUGGACUCCAUCAGAGCUGAACCACGCUGUGGUGUCACGUUAGCGCUGAAUGAUCCCAGAGUUGCCAGAUGCUGAGACUGAAGAUCAAAGACCGUCCAACAUUAUCAGUGUGUCAUGUCUCCAUCAGUGAAGCUGAAUGUGCUUUUAAGAAAGGAAGUGCGUCAGUGCAACACUUUACAUAGUAACUGGUUCAAUCACAAGUCAUUUAAUACAUGUAUAUAUACAUUAUGUAUAUAAUAGAUUGGCUUCAUGUAGUUUCAGUUUUGUUUUAUUUAUUUUUUAAGAAACAAAGAAAGCAAAGGAAGAUGCCACACUGGGAGCUCGGUUUGCAGAUACAGAAGUGAAACUGGGCAUCAAACCUGCGAGACCAGACUCUGCUGUGGUUUUCUUCCAGUAUCACGUUACUCUGACUGUUUAACUUUUCUGUGAAUUCAGCUGUCUUUCAUUUUGCGUGUCUGAGGUCAUGUGACCCUCUUCUCUCUGGAGAUGCAAAUGACUCCAAUAUUUGUGCGUUUGAGCUGAGGGUGUGUUCAGGUGGUGCUGAGGCUGAAUCUGUACCUGCAUCCACGUGAUAACCUGGAACAAUCACCUGAGCUGUCACACUCAGUCUGUAAAUAUCUGCUGAACUCCUCAAAUAACCUGACAGCAAAAAUACAAUGUUUGUGCAGUAAAACAAUAGAAGUGUUUUUCCAGCUGUGGAAAUACUUAACACUGAGUGUUGCUUGUUUGUGUGUGUGUGUGUGUGUGUGUGUGUGUGUGUGUGUGUGUGUGUGUGUGUGUGUGUGUGUGUGUGUGUGUGUGU